AUGGACGGACAGAGAGAGGGGGAGGACGAGCGACUUGGAAUUACUCACCAAAAGCGAAAGGAGAUAGAAUCAGAAUUGACCAGAUGCUUCUUGAAGAAUCGCAAGUUAUACGGCAAUGCUGGAUGGUUUAUCGGCCUGCCUAGGACCAAUACUUCCAUCAUUGCUAUUUUCGCAAAGGAACUUCCUCAAUACGCUGGAUUGGAUGUUAAAGGCCUAUACGACAUCUAUCAGAAAUCCCUAAUCGCCGUGAAGAAGGAGUGGGAAAAGGAGGACAUGAAGGAAGCAGCGGCUGGUGAUAUUGGACCACAGCGGUCAGCAGAAUUUAGUAACCCUAAAGGUGCUACAAACGCCCCCAGUGCUGAAAAAAUUGGGCCAAUGGAUCCGGAACAAUCUGGGGAGAAAGCUUUCGGAUCUGACGUCAAAUACGUCAAUAGCUUGGAGAGGGUGCUGGAGGCCGCUAACCCUUCUCCUGCUCCUGCACAGGAUGCCUCCCCAGUGAAACCCUCAAAGGGGGAGAGAGAGGACUCUGUUCUGAAACCUGCUGAAAAAGGAGGCGCACGUACUUUGGUUGUGGCACUCAAGGCUGUUGGCAGAGCGAAAACGGACGAUACUCGGCGUGCCCUUGAAAAAAGAAAGUUUGAUUCUCUUGGAGAGACGGGCGACGAAAAACAAGGGCCAGGCACGUCAACCAAGAAGCAGAAACGUAUUAUUAAGAAGAAAGGCAUUGCGAGACCAGUCAAAAGAGGAAAGUGA